GGUAAAUAACAGGACAAAUUUAUUCAAAAUUCUUCGGUUACGUUCAACUGAUUUACUGCUGAUAAACGGUGCUUGAAUGGGCACAGGUUGUCUCUGUAUCUUUACGACGGUGUAGAGUAUUGAAAAAUUUCGGUCUUUUGUAGUUAUCGAAUAGAACACUUCAAUUUUACGAUCAUCAGUCGAUCCUCUGGGAUGUCCGGAUCGAAAGCACAGUUAUCUAAAGCUGCGAGUCAAAGUAGUUUUCUCGACUUCAGUCCUAGUGCCGAGGGAAACAAAGAAAAUGCACAGUCCAGCGAAGAAGGGGGUAUUGUAAACAAAAGCUUUGGUAAGAUCUUGAGUUAUUUCUAAACAGCUUAGCUAAAGGGAUGGACAACAGUUCUAUUGAUUUCUGAUUGUUGAAUGCCUAGAUGAGUUCAAUUAAGUCAAGUUUUACAUAAUGAUCGCUCAGAACAAACUGAAUCAAUUCUGAUCUUUAAAAUCUACUUCUCUGACUCUGAGUUUGUGCAAAGAUCAUACGGCAUUGUGAGGAAUGAAACGCAAGGGUCCUGAACGGCGAGAAUCGUAACAAAUUGGUUUAUUGAGAAAAUAGUUCAGUCUUAUUAGUCCUUGUCCAUUCACGUUAGCUACCGGAAAGAAGAAUAAAUUUGUUGUUAUGGAAACUUAAAAUUUCUCAUAUGCUAACAAUGCCGUGACGUACUUUGCAUAGCAAUUGCUAAAAACUUUCGGGUUGAAAGACGAGCGAUCAGUCCGAUUCUAGCCACAAGCCAUCAUUUCAAGUUGAUCGAUCAAGGUAGGAGUAAUUCGUCAAUCUAAACAGCUUUCGUGUUGAACCUAAUACCUCUAAUGAUGUGUUGUUCUGAUUCUAUUCAAAUAUACAAGAGGUGUCCCAAAGCGCUGUCCUAAGGCGUUGCGAUCACGAAGAAAACAUGUCACGAAUCGAACUGUUAUACAAACAUUCGAUCAUCAUGGAAAGCGCAUCAAAUUUUUUUCCUACAGACCCAUCAAGAUUUUAUGAAGUGGUGUUGAAAUCUUGAGGUUAAUCCUAAAACGCAUGAAUGUCGGGAAGAAAAAGAAACACUACGUUUAUAGCCAAGCAAGAUAGCUUAUUGUUCGUAAAUUUCCCACGGGAGAUAUCAAAAGUGCAAAUUUUGAAAACACUUUCAGAUAAAUCGUGGGAAUUUACGCGUAUUACUUGCGGCUAUAAUAUUUUGGUUCAAUACCAGAGAUUCAUCUUAAACGAAAUCUGUACGAAUUAACUGUCCUUUAUGAAAAUCGUCGGGUUGAUGAUAAUAUGCUGAAACUAAGGGUUAAUGUACAGCAUAAAUAAUUGCUGUGACAAUCAAAAGAUAGCUCGGGUUGAUACUAAGCUUGCAGCAAAGCGAUCGAGGCAAACUUCUAAGAUUGGUAAAACUCGUACUGGCAAUGUUACAAUUUCAGCGCGGUAAAAUCACAAGAGGUAAUGGAUUUAGUGCCAGAUCAUUACCAAUCUGUUCAUUGUCUUUUAUACAUUGGACUAAAUUUGACACCUUAUUGUCAUCCUUUUUAACCCUUUAACUCCCAAGAUAUUAUUGUUACAAUUCCUUGUAAAUAAGUGAUGAGAAUUUGGUGUUAGUUCAAGAUAAAAACUUCUUCCUGAUAAGUUUGAGUAUUCUCAUUACCUGGUGGCUGGAUAAUGUACAGAUUUUUUAGGGAGAAGUUACAAGUUAAUUACUUCUGGGAGUUAAAGGGUUAAAGUGGCAGUAAUGUUCUUUAGAAGGUCAGUUUGGGGUAAUUUCAUUGAGGUUUUUUGUUAAACUUAAUAACUAAAGAUCCUGAUGUUGGUGGAAAUUUAUUGAGAGUACCAUCCCAAGAGUCAAUGGCAUCUACAGCCACCUAUCAGAGCAAUGCCUCAAGCCUGGUUCAAGUGAGACCUGUCGACGAUCAGGAUGGAGCUGUUACUGCUGACUUCGAUGAAGAUGAAUCAUGGGAAUAUGGAGAGCAGUUGGAAAAGAGUAUGCCCAGUCACCAGUUCCGUUCUAUCAGGGGUCUUCCAUCAGAAAAUGCAAUGAAAAAGGGGGUACGAAGGACUUUGAAGAGCAGAGCUCAAACUUCUCGUGCCUCCCUGAGAAGUUUGUCUCGUGACAGUGGAGGUGAUGUUGAAAGGGUCUAUGAAGAUCAAGUGCUUCGUGAUACAGAGUUUACACCAGAAGAAUUUGCAGAGCUGACAAAGAGAAGACAGUCUAUCAAGGAAAUGCCCACAUCAAUCAGACGAAAGCGCAGUCUUAGGUUAGCCACAUUAUUUAUUGUCCAAAAGUUGUCAAUCACCUUUUGGUAAUACUAUGGUGGAAAGAUUUUGUAAAAUAUUUCAGAAAGAGAUAAAGGCCUGUUCUGUUAAGAGGUCAAAAGCUUACACACCAGAUGACAAGUUGCUGUGAUACAUUGUAGAAUGCUACAACAAUUUACCUCCUGUGACAUAUGAUGAAAAUCUUGCUACUUUUUCGAGACUGAAAUUUGUCUAUGGAAUUAGUUGCAAAAAAAAAGAAAAGAAAACUAAUCUGUGUGCAUUUGAGAGAUUGAACCUACAAAAUCCUGGAGCACUGCUGUAGGGUUUUUGAGAGAAGAUUUUGCCCAGAAAUUCCUUGUGUCACUUGAUGUGUGUUGUUGCAGCUGAUGCUUUUCACAGUGAUGUGUUGCAGCAAUUUUUUUUGAGGCUGCAUUACACAGAAUGGGUUGUCACAGUUGUUGAAUUCCCUUUGCAGCUAAUAUACAAUGUCUUAAAGUGUGUAUAUUUUGAAACUCAUUCUUCAACCUUAAGAGUUAGAAACAGCUUGAUUAUCAAACUAUAAUUGAAAGUUGUUGCAAUGAAAGAAUUCAGUAAGAUAUUAUGGAACUGACAUGUGAUCUGAUCAAUAACCUUAAUUGACUUAUGGUUUUGCAGAGAGAAUGUUGCCACAUCAGCAAUCCAAAGGGGGAAAACAAAGCGAAUUAGUGCCUGGAAACAAUUCAAGUUUGCAUUUGCAAUGGUAAAUUUACAAUUUGAUUUGAGUUGAUAAUUUAAUUUAUUUUUUGAUUGAUUCUUUAAUUGAUUAUUUUUUAAAUAGAUUUAGUCUACACAUUACAUACUUAUUAUAAACAAUACUUACAUGUACCAGCUAUUGCUUUAUUAAACUUUCACAUUUUAAACAUUGUUAUUUUGUACACUUUUAUCAGGGCUGGCAGCAUUUUAAGGAUGGCUGUAAAGAGAUUCUGUAUUCCUUGGAUUUGUGGAGGGGUCAUCUAAAAUUAAUUCAUGGUUAGUGCUAGAUGUAGGACGUAUUGACCUUUAAUUAACACCCUAACAUCAUUAUGCACAUUCUCCUUACCGUUCUCUGUACAGUUCUUAAGCUGCUACUAAGGAGAAUUUGUUUAACAAUCAAGAGCUUCUUUAGUUGGUGAUCAUUUCCUUUACUCUUGUGACCUUAAUGUUAGAUUCAGGUGUGAUAUUGUUAGGAUAGAUAUUUGGGGGGUAAAGGGUUAAUUAUUAUUACUUAAUUGUUGUUCAUAGUGACCAAGAUGUUACAUGAACAGUGGGCUGAUACAUGUGCUUGUACAUGAGUGGAUGCCUACCUCUGUGGUUUGCUUUGUUUCUUUCCUUUGGCCCUUCCCCUUGGCUUGGCUGCUAUAGUGACUUCCUUGCUAGUCGAGAGACUUUCAUCCUCCUCUGUUACCAUCUUUACAACACCUUCCCUCCAACAUUAGUCUUCACAAUCAUGACACUCAGUUAUUCAAUAUCUUUUUCUUAUUCUGGGUGAUAAUUGUCAGUAUCUAUCUGUAGGGUUGCUGGUUAACCUGUUAUCAAUCAAUAUGAAUAUAUUCUUUCUUCUUCAGGAAUGUUUGGUUCAGGAGUGAUGUCAUACUUUGUGUUACUGCGCUGGCUGUUCCUUCUUAACAUUGUGAUACUGCUGUUAACAAUCUUUUUCCUGUUCAUACCACAAAUGAUCUAUGGUCAGAGCUCAGAGAGCAACAAUGCUUCUUUCACAGGAUGGGAACUGCUCACAGGAGAGGUAAUAGCCAAUUAAAGAGUAAAUGGCUUGAAUCCAAGAGUAAUACCAGGUGAUUAUGUAGUGCGGUUUUCUACAGCUGUAUUAUGGAGCCUCAGGAGGGUAGUUCAGAUAAGGGUGACUGAUGUUUCAAUAACAUGAGGGUAAUUAUUGGCCAGAAGAUGACAGCAUCUCCCUAUGUUAUCAUUGGCAUCACUCACUAUCAUUCAAAACAAUCCUGGCCCUACCCAAGGAAUCACACUAUGCAGUUGACUGGUGAGGUGUUAUACUGAGUAAUAAAAAUAAAUAUUGUACUCACGGCAAAGUGUUAUCCUGCUACACUUGUGUUCAUGAAACAAAAAUAAUGUAACUUCAAAUGGUGUUUCUGUUUGAUUUGGGAAAAUUGGAGUACAUCUAGUGAUGAAAACUCUUAAAUCUUCCUCAUAAGUGUGGAAACAACCUCCCACCCUCCCCCCUUAGUUGACAUGAAAAAAAAUUGAGAGGGAAGCAGGGUGUUAAAACAAAACUUUGACGUUGGGUUGAAGGUCGCCACCCCAUAUUAACCCUUUCUAAUUACAUAACAGCUUAAGAUUAUACAUGUAGCUUUAGCAUUAAAAUAAAUUUUAUGUGUCUGAUUUUUGCCUCAGGGCUGGUUUGCUGCCACAGAACUGUACUACGGUGCAUACACCAACCAACGCAUAACUGAAGUAGAUGAUUUUGAGUAUAUCAUGCCCAUGGCAUACCUGUGUGUUGGAGGUGGCUAUCUGCUGUUGUGUCUGGUAAUGCUUGUGUACAGGUAAAUAUACAACCAAACUGAUUAAUAGGAGGGGCACAUGUUCUUACGACUGUAUAAAGCAAAGAUAGGCCAUUAAGGCUGAAGUCCAGCACCUACAGUUGUUGGUGACCCUGGGUGUCAGUCGAAGUUUUUCCCACUUUCUCUUGCUGGAAGUGACAGAGAGUCAUGCCCAGUGUGGGAACAUUCUGUGGAGUUCUUGAACCAGAUAGUCAACUCUCACAAUACUUCUCAUGGAGAACAUUAUAUUGUAUUCAUAGGCUAGACACUAUACGCUCAUAAUGCCUCUUUCCACCCACGGGCCCAUUUCCGGAAUCUUUCAGCAUUUACAGCUCCCAGAAAGCUAUUUUCUGUUAGUGAUUUGACAGUCGAGUUUCAAAUGUAUUAACAUUUCAACAUUAAAAAUAUCAAUACAGUGACUUAAAUUCCCAUCUCUGCUUUAUACUAGCCAUAAAAGUUAAAGUUACUGUUUUUUUUAUUAUGUCUAGUAUGGCAAACUCCUACAGAGAGAACUACAUAUACUCUGGGGAUGAAUUUAGUUUCUAUGCAUCAAAAGUGUUUUGCUCUUGGGAUUAUGGAAUCACUGACAGGAGUGCGUCAUUGUUAAAACAUAAAAGUGCUUUUAAUGAACUUCAGGUCAGUAUUUGAAUAGUUGCUACUUUAAGGGUAAUUCAUAACCUUGAUUAAUGACUAUGGGAAUGCUCACAGACUGUAAAAUUAUGUUGCUGCAAGCGUGAACUGUACACAUUGUUUCAGAUAUUUUAAAAAGUCUAUUAAUUUAGGUAGACUAGAAAUCAAGGAGAGCAAAGUAUGAACCACCUGUGAAAGUAGCCCUCACUGGUUUCUCAUGCCCGUGGUAUACCUCCAAGGCCACAAUUUACUAACCUAUUUAUCUUCCAAGGCACAGGCUGACUAUGCAGGGUACGGUACUAUCCCUUCUAGGGCACACUGGCUGGCCAGAGAAUGGUAACUUUAGUUAGUAGAAUCGCUUAUAGGGUACACUGACUGACCAGCAUCUUUCAGUCACCUUGACCCAAAAUUUUCUCUUUGGCUGGCUUUAAAUCAACUCCCAUUUCCUGGUUCCUGGGUCAGAAGCUCUCCACCUGAAACCCAUAACACAGUUGCGUAGUCAAUUUUGUUAGGUUAUCACCUAACCUCCAUGAUACUUGAACAGCACCUGAAAUUGUAGGAGCUCCUUUCCAGCCUCUGGCUCUUAAACAAAUACAACCUUGCCUCUCAAAUGUUUUGUAACUCAGUGAGUGAUGAACAGCCUUCAUACACACUCUAAAUAAUUUACUUUGUUUUGGUUUAGCAAUAAAAAUUAUUAUUUGUGACCAAUUUUCUUUAACUUAAAUCCCCAUAAAAGAAACUGAAAAUCCUCCAUUAUUAUUGGCAUUGUCACUUAACAGGAAGCCAUCGCUGAACAGAGUUAUUCAGUGACCCGUACUUUGAAUGAAAAGUGCGAACUGUUUUGGUUUCGUGUCUUCACAAAUUUCAUUGUCCUGGCCUUGAUGGGAGGAUCAGCAUAUCUCAUCUUGUUUUCUGCAGGCCUCUCGCUACAAUCAUCAGUAAGAAAAUAUUUUCCUUUGUGCUAUAACUAUCAGAUUAGUUUUUAAUGGAGAGAAUGAAUAGGAGUGAGGAUGUUCAAAGAUCUGGCAGGCUUAGGCAUGGACUGCAAUCAAAUUUCAUUUUUAGGGUCAAAUUUUGACAGCUAGUGAAAAUGAAUUUUGUGAUAAGUCAAUUUUCCAUAUUGGAGCAUAUGAUUUCAUGGACUGAAGGGUAUUGUGUGCAGUUCAAAGUACUCUGGUCAAGUAUUCACAUCAAUGCUGCUAUCAGUUAUCUUGGGGUCCAUUCAGGGUACUAAGAACAUUUAUUUCAGAAUGUUCUAAAUGUCACAUCUGUGAGAGAUAGUUAGUGGAUAGAAAUCCAAAAUUUACGAAAAUUAAUUUACAUUUGAUUUUAUAUUUGAAGUAAGGCAUUUUAAUAAUAGUGUGUCAAACAAGGGAAUGCAAAAAAUUGUUUUAUGCAUAUACAAGUGUAUACACCUGGACUAAACUAAUGUUUUAGUCAAUGCCAGAUGACAGUCAGAGAUUUUCCUCAGCUCUUUCUUUUAAACUCUCCCCACAUACAUUGUUAUAUGUUUCACUCAGGUUUUCCUCUACAAUGUGGUAUAACUUAUGAAUUUGCUUUCUUUUCAUCAAGGAUAACGUUGCUGUGUUGGAGAAACUUUUGCUUCCACUAGUGGUAUCUGGCAUCAACCUUAUUAUGCCAAUGGCCUUUCGCAUUAUUGCAACUUUAGAAAGAUACAAGAGUCCUCGCACUGCCAUAAAUGUCAAUUUGGCAAGGUAAUUAUGAAGGAUUAACAAGUAAUAUGUUAAUAUUGGACUCCUUUUUGGAAGCAAAUGCAUCAAAAUCAAGUAGAUUAAAUAUUUUACAACCAAUCAAUUUCAGUUUAUUACUUUGUUGCAGCUAGCACUGGCUGACCUGAUGUAUAUUAAGUAUUUGGGAUGUUUUCAAUCAACUGGGAUUUUGUUUGCCUGCUUUAUCUUUUGUUUUGUCAUUAAUUAGGAAUUAUUAUGCAACUGUUGGAUUUCACUGAACCAUUUUAAUUUUUAUAAACUGGACUAACUAUUAUCAUUAUUGAUGUGAACAAAACUGUUUGAAGUGGAUAUUGUCAACUUGUACCUCUGGCUAGUUCAGUGCUGUAUUUGGGGUGGGACUUAUUAAUUGAAACCUUAAAGACAAUAGUUGUUAUGGGUUUCAGUGAGAGUUUGAGAUGUUAAACACAUAUUUUUCUAUGAUAAAGAAAUUAAUUAAUCUUCAAUCAAAUUCUAGACUUUAACAAUUUGUGUACAGUCUGCAUAUUUAUGAUCAAUGCAUUUUGUUUUUAAUCAGAACCACUUUGAUGAUGCUGAUAUCGGUAACAAUGGUUGUUGUUCUGUUGUUUGUGGACAUUCAGCGAUGCAGGAAUGAUGGGGAACUUAUCGGCUCAGAUAAGGGGUGUGACAAAGUAAGAGAUUAUAACAUGAAAUAUGAAAUGGUUGGCUUCCUGUGUUUAAUGGCUGGUCAUGUUGUGGUGCAAUGUAUUAUCUUACAUUUGUAUGUAAAUCAGUGUCACAGCAAUGAUUUCUAUUGUGCAUCUCAUGUCAAAGCCAGCGCUGUAAAAAAGCAACAUGUUUUAUUUGCUUGUUGUUGUUGGUAAAAUAGAAAUUUCUUCUUGGUAAACCAGCCACCCCUAACUCAUCAAAUGCUUUUAACCAGGGGGUAACGUUUGAUAAUGUAGUCUGAUUGUUCAGGUGAGGGUUGUCCUGAGAAGGACUGUUGUUGAUAGUGGAGACAGAUGUUUUGACAACCUGAGUGGAAGUCAUUAUAAAUCUGAGUCAAGUGAAGAGUUGUUAUUAGUUGAAUGCUAUAAGUCCGGUUUGUGAAAACUGAUUGGCCAUAUAAUGCAUGUUAUUGGCUAUAAGACUCAAUUAGUGUAGGUAGAUUGUGAGUAGUCAGUUUCAAUCCAUCGGUAAUGUUAGGUCAUUAUUUUGUGUGGUGCUGAUAGUUGUUGACAUCUGUUAACUUGAUUCAUUGCCUUUAAGAAAUUAAAGUGAAAUGUGGUUGUAUUGAUUCUGAAGAUGGAGCACACAGACUAAUUUAAUUUUUUUUAUAAUUAGCUUAUUCAAAACUGUUGGGAAAAUUAUGUUGGAUACGCUUUCUAUCGACUUGUCAUUGUUGACUUUGUUUUCCUGUUGUUAUCAACAUUCUUUGGUGAAUUUGUCCGAAGGUGAGUGUAAUUCUUGCUUGACAUUUUAGUUGAAAACUAGUUAAAUUUGCUUGGCCUACCUCCCUCUCCUUCCACAAGAGCUUUUUACCUUACUUUUGUUGAGGGCUCAACAAGCUAAGUAUAGUGUUCACAAUUAGGACCUCAAUGACUUGCAAUUGAAUUGAUUACAUUGAGAGAAGGGAACUGCCAGAGCUCAUGGUCUGCAAUUUUGGGGGAAUUUUCACAGUUUGCAUUAAGGAGAAACAAAUUUGAAGUAGCUGAAUUUUUAUGAACUGCUUAUAAAGCCUCAGCUUUUUUGAGCUGUGAUUGAACCUUAAACACCCUCAACUGUAAGGAAAUGUUAUAAAUAUGCUACAAGGAAUUUUUUAAAAAUAUUUUUUCAGGAUUCUUAUUGUUAACUGUCAGUGUUGCCAAGCACUGGGUCCACCUGGCUUUGACAUUUCAAGAAACGUCAUUGAUCUGAUAUAUUCACAGUGUCUGUGUUGGUAAGAAAUUUUUUGUAAGCUGACAUCUAUUAUUUCUCCUGCCUGGUGCUUGCCUAAUCCUCCCCUCCCAUUCAUUUACCAUUCAUUCUGUUCAUUUUUCUUUCCUUUCUCUCUUCCUUUCACCAAUCAUUUGUACUUUGAUCCUAUAGUAGCACAGCAUGCAGUAUCAUGCAGUUUAUAAUGAGAGGUCACAAACAGUACAAAACUUUUUUUUGUUUGUUUAUGCUUACUCACUGAUCAAAAUUUCCAUUUAAAAGCACUGAGUACCAAAUGUUUAAAUAUUUUUGUUUGUUCUCUUCAUGUACAGUGUUUCUAUGCUUCCUCUCUUGUUUGCACAGUAACACAAUAUGAUAUCUUCUCUUCAUUUAGGAUUGGCACGUUCUUCUGCCCUAUGUUACCAGUUAUUCAAGUGAUAAAGCUCUUUAUCUUGUUUUAUGUGAAAAGGGUAGGUACUUAAUUAAUUAGGAUUAGAUAGAGUGAGUGAGCUUUUCUUAUGAAAUAUAAGAACGGCAUGCUGAGUAUGUUCAUAAUGUAAAGUCGUUAUUUAAACUCACUGAAAUAUCUACAAACAUUAAGAAGAUAUUUAAAAGAGGUGGAUUUAAGGUUCUAAAAGUUGUAACUUUAACUACUACGCUAAUAAUGCCCUAUAAUACACCCUUGAAAGGGGACUGCUUCCUUAAACCCUUGAUACAGUUUCUUGAAGGAAUUUUGGUCAAACUUGUUUGGUUUUGGAAGAUAUGGGCAAGGGGGGAUGACUUAAGAUAAAUUAAGUUAAAUGUAGUUGUGUUUCCUCUUGGUAUUUGCAGCCAUGCAGUAAAAUGACCAUUAUGAUAAAAGUUGGUCGAUGAUUGUGACACGAAUUCAUUCAUUGCAUACAUUGCAAACUUUGGUAGACUGUAAGAGGCAUGGUACCAGUAAAUACAUUUAUUUAAAAGAGCACCUUUUGAUUAAGUUUGAAAAACCAAAAAUGAAGUAAUCGCAAUGGCCAAUUAGAAUAGGUUAAAAAUAUCUAAUGGAAACAACUGGAACUCAAAAUUAAAAGGAAGCUAAAGCACAGAUAAACAUGAUUCGUUAAACUGCAUUUGGUUUUAGCUCCGUAUCUGAUGGAUGGAGAGAAUGGAACGAGUUUCUACACCAGUUGUAAAGCACAGUCAAGCAAUAGCAAUGCACAUUAUCCCAUUACAAACUGCAUUUCUUUUUUUUCCUUGUAGACAAGUGUGGUGAUGAACUGCCGUGCAUCCAUGAGGCCUUUCAGAGCAUCCAGGAUGAACCUUUUGUUUCUGUUUUUACUGGCUGUGUCCUUCUUUCUGUCCAUGAUUGUGAUAGGAUAUACUAUAAUGUCAUCAGAUGUGUGAGUAACAAUACUGAAAUGUCACUCCUGUUGGUGCUGAGAGGCCUUACAAACCUGUAGACACUCCACAAAUGAUACAUUUAAUAAAAUGUAAACACUAUUUUUAAUCAGGAUCAAGAAAACACUAAUUCAAAUUUGUGUCUCCCUUAACAGCUUUGUAUCUCAGUUGGUCACAGAAACGCCCUAAUUUCGUGGACAUGCGUUUUGAAGCAUAAAUUUAGCUCUGACUUUUUUCUUUGAAAUGACUUUAAUUGCAGCUAGUCUGUAACCUUCAAAAUUCAGUUCUUUUCUGGUUACCUGGAGGCAAUCGCAAAGCUGUUAAACUUGUAACAAAAUAUAUCCUACUAGACUAAUUCAAUUACACAAGAAUGGCUUUGUUUGUGAAAAAUAAUAACUGGAGCAAAAACAGGCAUAUGAUCCUUUAAUUUGAGUCACCAGGCAAAAUGUGAUAGAUGGAGCAAUACAGGUUUUAAUAAACCAAUAAGCAGACUUGCUCUUUUCCUAUCAACUUUGAUAGUUAUAGUUAGUGGUACUGUCCUAAGACAUCAAUUGUUUGUAUGCAGUUGUUUUCCAGCUUUGUUCUCCUAAUUAUAAUUUCCUGAGGAAGUGUCAAGCUCACUUUUCAAGCCUCAUUUGUGCUAGAAUUAAUAAUUACUUUUAUUUUCUUUACAGAACCAACCCUUCACAAUUGUGUGGUCCUUUCCGGUAAGUUUUUAUUCAUUAUUUAGCUGCAUUUUUGCUGCACAUUUGUUCCUUAGAGGUAUGAUAAGUCUUACAUUGUGCAGAUAUUUACAAUAUCCUCUAAAUCACUCACAAUGUUGCUUGUUUUUGUUGUGUUUAGAGGGAAGAAUUUCAUGUACGAAGUUGUAACAGAAACAGUUGACAAGUUUCCAAAGUGGCUGCAUGUAACCAUAGAGUAUGCAUCCUCUGCAAGUUUUAUCGCAUUGUUGUUCUGUAUUCUUGGGUAAGAAUGAAAGUCAUUGUAAAAGUUGAACAGCUAUUUGUGGUUAAAUUAUAGUACACAGGACACUUCCAUUAACAUCAUCACAUUAGUUUUAGCUCUUGCUCAGGGAAAAACUUUAGCCAUUCUCUCAACCAAUCUCCUUGCUUAUUUUUAAUUUUAGUUCUCUUUGACUUCUUGUGAAUAAUUAUUACAAUGAUUCUGAUCAGUAGUUGUGAUUACUCUAGCUCUGAUCCUGAAACAGUCAGUAAAAAACUGCUGAUUGCAUAAUUCUGACAGAUGUAUAUAUUUUUUCAUUUAAUAUGAUAAUUAAUAAAUGUACUGGAGUAUCCCUUCUGGAGACUGUUGAACCAUAAACGAGCAAUUAUGUUGUUUCUGUCAUAAUGAGUAUUUUCAAACAGUUUCUGUCUAGACUUUGCGAUCAUAGAUGACUUUAUUCACAAUUAUUACAAUUUCCUUUUUACUGUAGGAUCAUUGUCUAUUAUUUUAAAAUGCUCAAGGAUUCAAAUGAAAAGAAGAUAAAACUAUUGAAAGAACAAAUUUCCUUGGUAAGUAGUAGGCUACAGCAGUUUACAAGGAGUAUUCUAUGCAUUAACUUAUGGGACUAAGGUUUAAUUAGACUACAUAAAGUACCUCCGUUUUGGUGAAGUCUGUUGUGCAGAAAAUCUCACCCUCAAAGCUGUACAUGACAAGCUAACAAAUUUUUUUGUGCUGAAUUUUUUGACAUAUGCAACAGACUUUGCUGAAAAAGAAAGAUUGCUCAUAAUUUUAAGAUCCAUUCAUUUACAAGUUUGAGUUGUUUAUUAGAACCAGUGAAAAAGGUGAACAGUAAACUUUUGGAUUUGUUUGUUUUUGAUGUGGAUUUGCAUGGAUCAUGUCUCAUCAGUUUCUGUUUCUUAUCAAUUUUUUUCACUGAGAGCUUGUUUUUUGUCUUGUUUUCAAUUGUUAUGCUGAUUUUUGGACCUCGAUAAUGCUUCUAUGUCUCAUUCCAUUACUCUAUCAUGAUUUAAAAGCCAUUAAUAUUUUUGAAGCUGUGUAAGGAAAAAAAAAUCAAUUUCUAUAGACACGGUAAACCUGCACAGUCCUAAAGGAUUGAAGACAAACAAGAUGUGAUCAGUCUGACACAGAUGGGUGAUGCAAAAAAGCUUCAGGGAUUUUACGCUGCACCCUUACUCUGAUGACUCUCUCCUUUAUUUUCCAGGCUGGUCGAGAUAAGCUCUAUCUGAUCAAGAGAAUCAAGCAGGGAAUGAGUAUGCCAGUGGACGCCAACCUGCAGUGAUUUCCAAGUGCUUUGAAUGAGUCAUGUCACCCUUCUUUAAUUUAUUGUAACAUUUUCAUCUGGAUGCUCAGACUAUCCUAAGUUGCUCGUUGGGAUUCAUACAUUCUUCAAACCUGAGGUGUAAGAUUUGUCUGAUAAUCAUUGAGAAAAAGUAUUCUGACUCAUAAAGGGAGGAGAGAACAUGCACCCCAGGACCCCUCAGCUCCUGCCACUCCUUCCUUGACCAUGUGAUUUUCUUCUGCACCAAACCAAUAUUUUGAAUAAGUCAUGAAUAUCACAAUGAUUGACUUAAAAUGUGUGCAUCAUGAUGUUAUGUCUUGGGUUGUUACUCGUAUUUUUUAUAGUCUUGCUAAGUCUAAUAAGCUUGAGCAUUUCUUUUAAGUAACAGGUGAGAACAGCCUGUUAAAGGUUUUUACACUAUUUUAUCCCAUGAAACUUGGAGAGAUUAUAUUUUAGCGUGUGUUUUUUUCAGGGGAUACAAAGGUGAACGGUUUUUGCAAUCCCUUUCUGAUGCAUGACCCACAAUUCAUGCUCUCUUCAUGUUUGCAUGGUGCUUAUCUCCUUCUCAAGCUCAAGCCUUACCCCUGUCUCCACUUUCCCUGAAAAAGCAAAAAUUGACAAGGUCUUCAUGGGCUUUUAUAAUUUUUUCUCUGUAGAGAUUGCCUUUACAGUGGUAUGCAACCUUUUGUUAAGAAUUUUGACAUAAUUGUAUCUUAGUGUGAUUGUAACAUAAAGUAGUCUUAAUUAUGUUUUAAUAGUUUUACAGUGAUCCAAAUUUUGAUAGCAUGAUUAAUGAGAUGUAGGUACACUUUGUAAACCUUAGCUGAGUAAUUUAAGUUAAAAUGUAGUGAUACAAUAAUGGGAUUUUUUUAAAUAAUGUACAUGAUGUUUUUAUAAAUUGUAUUGAAUAGCUGAU